AUGGGCAUUCACCACGAUGCUCAAGCCGCACAGGCUGGCUCUUCUACGGUACACCCAUUGGUCCAGGAAUUCGGAAAUCUCCAAGUGCUAGAUGACUUGAUUCGCCUGCGGGCCGCCGAUACUAUACAGCACUCAAUUCUUGCAUAUCCUCGUUCCGAGAAGGACCCUGCCUCGUACGACCACUACAGUGGUCGGGACCUAGAUGACUUGAUCAACCAGGCCGUGAUAGUUCUGAUGGAGGAUGGGUUCAAGCAGCCCAAGCAGAAUGGAUCGACCGUGGCACUCCUCACACUGUCCGAUUUCGAUAUGGUGAUCACAUUCUUUGCCUUGACGCGCCUCGGUUACACUGUGAUGAUGCUUUCUCCACGGCUGACGGGAGAGGCCUGCGUCUCAUUACUGGAUGCAGUCAAUUGUGAAACGAUCAUAUAUGGCAACUCAGUCGCGAUUCGCUCAACCUUGGGCGACAUACUGCGCCGAAAGCUAGUAAGCUGUCGCCCGAUCGUCACUUGUGAGCGAAUGAGAAAGGCAGAAACAUCAUUUUUGAUACUGUACCGGAACAAAGAUCCAGAGAGAGUUGCUCUGAUUCUUCAUUCUUCCGGAUCAACGGGAACUCCCAAGCCGCUCUUCCUUACGCAUCGAGCUCUCAUGACUCACCCUCUCAGAGGUCCUGGACUCACUUCAUUCAAUCCUCUACCUUGGUAUCAUCUCCAUGGCUUAUCUACCGCAUUGCAGGCAAUGUGGAUGAGAAAGACAGCCUACAUGUGGAACGCCGCGCUGCCUUUAACCGUCGAUUUUGCCGUCGCUGCUCUUCAGGAAGCACAGCCGCAGUCAGUCGCGGCAGUCCCCUAUAUGCUUCAAAUUUUGAUUGACGAUCCUCGUGGCAUUGAAUCUUUGCGGAAAUGCCAACUAGUCACCUAUGGGGGCGCACCGUGUCCUGACGAACUGGGGGAUCACUUGGUUCGAGAAGGGAUACGUCUAGGAGGUGCCUUUGGCCUCACCGAGGCUGGGCUCGUUGCUGAAUCCAUAUCUCGUCCGGAGGGGGACCCUCAUUGGAACUAUCUGCGCUUCUUCGACAACGUCCGCCCCUACGUCUGGAUGAAGCCAGUUUCGAAAUUCGAGCCGCUCUAUGAAUGUGUGUAUCUCGCUGGCCAUCCUGCACUCACAACAUCAAACUCAUCGGAGCCGCCUGGGUCUUUCCACUCAAAGGAUGUCUUUACGCCUCAUCCCACAAUCGCAGGCCGUUGGAAAUAUAUGUCUCGACUGGAUGAUCGCAUCAACUUAGCAAAUGGCGAAAAGGUCUUGCCACUCCCUAUCGAGGGUUGUAUCAAACAGCACCAUCUCAUUCAUGAUGCAGUUCUGGUUGGAGUGGGAAAAUCUGCUCCUGGACUUGUGCUCGUGAAAGCCGACUCACCUGUGGCUCGGAAAGUGUCUGAGAGUCAAUAUAUCAACUUGAUUUGGCCAAAUGUUCAAGAGGCCAACUCGCGCGCAGAGGCCUUCUCUCAGAUCUCUCGUGAUUUGAUUGCGGUCCUUCCCCACGAUGCACAGUUUCCAAGAACGGACAAAGGAUCGAUGAUCCGAGCUCAGUUUUAUGAUUUAUACCACGACCUCAUCGAAGGCCUCUACUCAAAAGAUACUGCAGUGGUUGAAGGGCUUGAGCUGAGAGUCGAUGAGACCGAGGAAGCUCUCGGUCAAUUGGCCCGUGACGAGCUCGGGAUACCAAUGUCCACUUUUGAUGCCAAAUUCUUCUCAGAAGGUGUCGAUAGUCUCAAGGCUAUUCAUUUUCGACGUCUGAUCCUUCAACGCUUCCGCUUUGAUCCGGACAAUGUGCCAGGCUCGAACAUUAUCUUUGAAGCAGGCAAUAUUUCGACAUUGGCCAGAAUUAUCUGCGAACUACAGAAAGGAAACAAGAUGGUGACGAGUGACGAUGGCCAAUCAGGGGUUCUUGAGAUGGUCAAGAAGUAUUCCAUGUUUCAUAGACACAUCCCUCGAUCAACUGCAUCCAGUUCUAACAGUGUGGUGAGUUACAUAUUCCGAGGUUCUACGUCGGAAGGGGUUAUAUCUAACAUUUUCAAGCUGUUAACAGGAGGAACUGGUUCUCUUGGAGCACAUGUGCUGUUUGAACUACUUAUUGAUGAUUCUAUAUCAACUGUCUACUGUCUCACGCGCAGAGAAACCCCUUUGGAGGAUAUCACCGAAAGUCUCGCUAGCAAAGAACUCUCUGUAUCACCUCAACAACUGACCAAGAUCGUUGCCUUGAACAGCAACCUUGACCAACCCGAGUUUGGUCUGGCUGCAGAUACCCCAGUCUUCCAACAGAUGCUUGAAUCAGUCUCUUUAAUCAUCCACACUGCCUGGCCAGUCAAUUUCAACCUCCCCUUGUCAGAAUUCGAAUCUCAUGUCCAGGGCCUUUACAAUCUCAUUCAAUUCUCGCUAUCCGUGCACCGACAAGAGCCAGCAGUGACGCUUUUCUGCUCCUCAAUCUCAACAGCGCUUGGCUCCCAGCUUGACGAGAUUCCUGAAGAACCAGUUGGCUUGGAAUGUGCCCUCGCAGGGUACGGCCAGUCGAAGUUGGCCGGGGAGCGUAUCGUAAGUCAGGCGAGACAUUGUGGAGCGAGAGCAUAUUCCCUUCGGAUCGGACAGGUUUCCGGCCAUUCCGAGAAGGGCUUGUGGAAUGAUUCAGAGGCAAUACCUUUGAUGAUACGAUCGGCUCUGGCGAUGGGCUCACUGCCUGAGUUGCCUGGCACAUGCUCUUGGCUCCCUGUGGACAAAGCCGCUGCAACAAUACUUGAGCUUGCGAAAUCAUGUAACGCGCCUGGUCGGGAUGGAGAUGUUGCUUCGAGCUCUUCCACUGCGCCCUUCGAUGAUUCCAUUUUCAAUGUAUGCAACUCGAGGGAAUUCACUUGGUUGUCACUCCUCGGCGCUUUGAAAGAUUCGGGUUUCCAAUUCGAGACUCUACCAUUCCAGGAUUGGUUGAAUAGGCUGCGUGAGAGCGAGGCGAGAGGAGAGGAACUUGUGAAUCCAGCUAUUAAGCUCAUUCGCCAUUAUGAAAGCAUGUAUGGCAGUGAUUCCUUUGGCGCACACAAAGAGUCCAAGAAGUUUGUGACAACCAAAGCCGAAGGUGAAAGUGCCACACUACGAGAGGGGCGAUUGGAUAUCCUAGAGGACGGAAUCCUAAGGUGCUAUGCUGAAGAUUGGUUGGCGAGGUGGACACGGUGA